UGGAAGGGUCCGUUCAGUGAGCGAGGUACUCUGUGGCAGUCCGCAGUGCAUCGGAGGCCGGCGCGCGCGACGCACGACGCUCGUACCCCCUCGUCUGUCUCGCUACGAGCGUAAAAGAAUUUUGCGAUCGCCGCGCGGGAAAACAAGUGAACGUUUUACAUCUCGGUUAUUGGACUUUUCAGUGAUUUGCUGUCGUUGUUUUGUAUGGAAAGAGUUGGAUUUUAUGUUGAAUGGUCAAUGAACGGUAGUCCUGUUGCCGCGAAUAUUUAGAUCAAGUGGUCGGAUUGUGCAAUACGUGACAGUGUCGGAUCGCGUAAAGAGAUCGAGUGAAAGUUGAUCAGUGUCUCGGCGCGUCCAGCGGAGCCCUAACAAUGGAGCACCUGUUCCGGCAGCGGCGGCUCUCCGUACCCAAGAGGACGAGCGAGCUGGUGGCCCUGCUGGCGGUGUCCUGUACCCUGUUCCUGUUCCUCCACACGCGGGACCUCAGCACCAAGCUGCGCCGCAUGGAGGGCAAGCUCAACGAUGACGUCACCGCCUUCAACCACCUCACUGACCGUGCACAGACGGACCGCACGGAGCACGGAUAUGCGUCUGCGCAGGAGUACAAGCAGGUGCUGGAGGCCAUACGCCGGGAGACCAACGCGGGGGGCGAGCGCGCAAAACCACAGCGCACACUCGAGGCCGAGUCCGAAGAGAACGAGCUGGACGCCACCCUCGCGGAGCCCCCGGAGUCCCCGGAGCCCCUCCCCUCGGCGUGGCAGCUCAACAACACGGCGCGGGCCGGCAUGGAGCUGCUGUUCUUCAAUAGAGUGCCCAAGGUCGGCAGCCAGACCUUCAUGGAGCUGUUGAGGAGAUUAGCGCUCAGGAAUAAGUUUGGGUUCCACCGCGACACAGUGCAGCGCGUGGAGACGAUCCGCCUGGCGCCCGCGGACCAGCAGGCGCUAGCCGGCCACGUCGCAGCCCACGACCCGCCAGACUCGUACAUCAAGCACGUCUGCUAUACUAACUUUACCAGAUACGGGUACCCGGCUCCCAUCUACGUGAACGUGGUGCGAGACCCGGUGGAGAGAGUCAUCUCCUGGUACUACUACGUGCGAGCACCCUGGUACUACGUGGAGAGGAAGCGCGCCUUCCCCGACCUGCCGCUGCCUGACCCCGCCUGGUUGAAGAAGGACUUCGAGACGUGCGUGCUGAGCGGCGACCGCGAGUGCCGGUACGUGCAGGGUGAGACUCACGAGGGCAUCGGCGACCACCGCCGCCAGACGCUGUUCUUCUGCGGACACGAGCCCGAGUGCACUCCGUUCAACAGUGUGGAAGCGCUGCAGCGCGCCAAGCGCGUGGUUGAACAGGAGUACGCGGUGGUGGGCGUGCUGGAGGACAUGAACUCCACGCUCACGGCGCUCGAGCGCUACAUCCCGCGCUUCUUCACGGGCGCCGCCAAGCUGUACUGGGAACAACUGAACACAUUCAACCGCAUCAACCGCAACGCGUUCAAGCCGCCGGUCUCGGAGGCGGUCAAGGACAUCGUGCGCGCCAACUUCACCAGGGAAAUAGAGUUCUACGAGUUCUGCAAGCAGAGGCUGCACCUGCAGCUGAAGGCUCUGAAGGACCCCACCAUCACCCUCCCCGGCACACGCCUCCCCACAGCCUCCGGCAGAAGCCUGAGAAAGAGGAGGGCGCAAAGACGACGCGGCGUUUAAAAUGAUAACUGAGCACGUUUUGUGAACUCAUGUCGUCGGAAAAGACUUUUCUCCACCGUUUUGUGAGUGUUUUGUUUUAUAGUGAGGUCUUCAGUGUGCGAAAGUGACGCCCUCUGUGUUAAAAGUGAUGAAGCUAAAUGUUGAAUGAGGUUCCCGUUUUCACCGCAAGAUGGCGGGAUUAAUGGGGAUAGGGGGGACAUCUGGACAUUGAAUAAA